UUCGCCAUAAUGUUUUCGAGUUUUUUCACUCAAAUCUAGUAAUAUAGAUUUUGCCUUAAAACAUAUUAAAAAAACACUAUUUAAACUAGUUUAACCGAAUUAAAACUACCUUUAAAGCUAGGCGUACGUUCGAGUGGAUGCGUUUGCGUAGAAAUUAAUUCGCUAUAGCUUUCCAAUGAACAUCUGACGGCAUGGUUAAGAUGGCCUCAACAGAAGAGCAGGAUAGGAAAAUAGUACUGGAGUUCUGCCACCUGUUGGAGAAGUCUAAGCAGCUGUUCAACGGGCUGCGCGACCUUCCCCAGUACGGACACCGGCAGUGGCAGGCUUACUUUGGGCGCACCUUCGACGUGUACACGAAGCUGUGGAAGUUUCAGCAGCAGCAUAGACUAGUCCUAGACUCAAAGUAUGGUUUGAAAAGAUGGCAAAUCGGAGAAAUAGCUAGUAAAAUUGGUCAGCUCUAUUAUCAUUACUAUCUUAGAACGAGUGAAACUAAUUAUCUGAAUGAGGCAUAUUCGUUCUACGCGGCGAUCAGAGGCCGUGCGUACUACUCCAGGGCAAUCAAGGAGGAUCGACCGGAUCUGAUGGUGAAGAAACUGCGUUACUAUGCCAGAUUUAUUGUUGUUUGUUUACUGUUGAAAAAGAUGAAGCUAGUGAGAGAAUUAGUUAUCGAAUUGGAGCGACAAAUACAGGAAUACACGUCAACUUACGAACCCGAGGAUCAACUCGAGUGGUCGCUCGUACUGGACGAGAUCAAGGGAUUCAUCAAGGCGGAGGCCGCCGUUGCCGUGCUCCACGCGGACACGAAUCCGAUCGUACUGUCGCACAGCGGUUCUGGUUCUAGGUUAAGCCCCCUGACGACGCCGCCCUGCGAGAGGACGCCCCACAUGACGCUCAGCCUGCAGGAGAUACUGAUCGUGGGUUCCGCCUGCGAGCAGGCCAAGUUCUCCGAGCUCACGAUGGACAUGUUCAGAAUGCUGCAAACGCUGGAAAGGGAACCAACCGAGUCGAUGCACCCGAUGGCAGGACUUCCGCUCGCGCACGGUGGUCCACACGAUGCUAGUCCAGCCGCGAGUCGGAUGCCCCCGUAUGGAGUGCCCGGAUCCAAAGGUUACGUGGAAAACGGCGACCGCCGAGGAAUGCGAGAUAACCCCCACAAGUAUCUGCUCUACAAACCUUCGCUCAGUCAACUGAUGGUGUUUUUGUCGAGUGGCUUCAAGGAACUUCCGCCAGGGGGAGCGUUGCUGCUGUACAUGUCUGCCGACGGGUGCUUCUCGACUACGAAGCACCCGCAAGAUUACGGUUACGAACUGGGAGGACUGGCGACGAGCGUGAAGCGAGAUGCUACCGAAGGAGGGCUUGCGGUGCGGGGCAAGUCCAGCGCCGGAUACAAGGAACCGCACUGUCUCUACCCGGGUGAUCUGUACCCGUACACGCGUAGACCUCUGUUUAUAAUAAUCGAUUCGGACAAUUCGUUUGUGUUCCAGCACAUACCAAGGUACUUUGGUCAGCCCCUGGUGAUACUGAUGUCGCCACAGGACGUCCCAGCAAACUUUCAGGGCAUGAACAUUCAACAUCAUGGAUCCCUGUUCACCCUGUUUCUGCACUCCCCGAUGACGGCUUUGUGCUAUAUUUGCAAUGUUGGAGACGUUCCAAUCCACCACUGGGAACGGUGUCAGAACUACGUCGAUCGGUUCGUAACUGAAGCGUCACGGCUGGUAACCCGAUGUAGGAUGGACGAGAUCGAGCAGGGAAUAGGUUACAUAGAUUCUUCGUAUGUACAGUUUUUCGGGGAUGACUUCCUGCGCACCCUAAUUCUGCGGUUCGUGUUUUGCGACGUAACCUUGAGGUUGCACCGUGGCUUCCGGGGCCGGCAUCAACGGCCUCGAUGCGAACCCCCUCUACCCGCGGCAGAACUGCUCGAACACCCGUCCCUAGCGCACAUCAUCUUACAGCUGGCGUCGGCGUUAGAAGUUAGAGGACACUUUGUAGAGGGACCGGAAGGCGAUUGAUGGAGGAGGUCAUCCGACCAGAACGUCGUCGACGGAACAUCCGGGACUCAAACCAGUGAUAGUGAUGCACUACUGCUAUUAUUAUUAUUACUAUUAUUACAACUACAACAAACCCGGAAACAGCUUGUCGGAAAGCAGCGUCACAUUCUCGAUGCCUUUCUCUCGUCAUCGGAGAACGACCGAACCGAUCGCGAUGGUGUCGAUAAUGAAGCGACCGAUGGUGGUGGUGAUCGUAUGAAAUGUUGUCUCGAGUUGCAAUACUAUUACUAUUAAUCUACACACUACUUCUACUUACGAUAUAACACUAAGGCAACGCUAGAGCGCUUUCAUGAUUUGUGCACUCGUAAUAGAUGAAAACGAAAACAAUAGCACGAGCAGAGUGACCGACCGAGAGAGACAUGUGGGAGGGAGCAAACAAUGCGGUACUGCUGUAUCAAAACGGUGGAGGGGAAAGAUAAGUUGGCGCGGAUGCUCUGUUACCUUUUUCUAUUUAUUUUAUGUACGUUUAAAGCUUUUGACGCUACUUGUUGUUACUUAUACACAAACUCACACACACAAACACAUACACAAACUAUAGUAAGGCAGACUGAAAGAGCGAGAUUGAACUGUGGCUACGGUUUUAACAUUUUUAUACUCUCUUUCUAGGCUGCGUUUCAAUCACUUAAAAUUAUUAUCAGUAUGAUAGAUUUCUGCAGUUUAUUGGUUAGGUAGCAUUUGAAAUUAUGACAUAUCUUAUUCAACCUGAUUUAAUUAUUACUUUUUUCAUUUGCUUUGCUUUUCUGCCAAAUGGCUGCCGAUCAUUUUCUUCCAUACGGUCCACUCCUUGUUUGGCAGAUUGAGGUGUUGGUCCUAUUUCCAUCCAAUUAUCCGAUAUUCACUUUUAAAACGACUUAUUUUGAAAAAUGCUAAAAAAAACUGCUUGCUCACUACUCGUAAAGCAAUUUACUACUCAGUUAAAAACUUAAAUCUUUAAUUGAAAGUCAAAGUGCUGAUAUGCCAACAUUCGGUUUCCAGAAGAAUAACAUGCUGUUGUUGGGAAGCACGAUUUUGGGGUCCCCAGUAACAUAGCAAAGCAAAGCAAUCCACUUUAACGACCACCGUGUCUUUUGGGGGCUCUUUUGCAAGAUUCUGCUCAUUUCUAGGCGUCCGAAGGUUAUGUGUGGUAAGUUACUUAAAACCUUUUUUACGCAAAUAGACCGACGUUUUACUCCCCCAUCCGAUAGAAGGUGUGAUCAGGCUAAUCUCGUCUCGAAAAACACCACCGGGACCUUCUGGGAUCGAACCCAGGCCGACUGGGUGAGAUGCAACCCCUGUAACAUGUGUCAAAAUAUUUUUCUCCAAAGUUUGCAUGGAUGAUAAGGGCGAUUCGUCGCUCUUGCAUACAAUCCACAAAUUGCAUGCAGUAUGAAUAAGGAGCGAACAGCACAAAUGCAUCAUAUUACAAUCUUUGGCGAAUUUCUCUUAGAGAAUCUUUGUGAAAAUCUGUUUAAUAAAGAUUAUUCCUCGCUUAUUUUCAAAAGGUCCAUAGGAGGUUCAGGUCCAUGUGCAUAGAAAUCCCAUGGCGCAUUGAUUGUUUUGAAAAAGUAGGUAAUCUAGAUUCCAUCGCUGAUUGCAGUGCAACGUUUCGAGUUACAGCCAUCUUCGAUUGAUUUUCAUCCAUGGUAAUCAUUUGAUUUAUUUGUUUGUACUUUGUUCAUGCGACCUUUGGUUUCUAGGUUAGAUCUAAAAAGAAUAUUGAAUAAAUGAUAAAAAAUACAGCUUUUACACUUUUUUUUCUCGGGAUAAAAUAAGAUUAUUUCUUAGCAUGGAACCUAAACAAUUAUUGAUGCUGAUAUUUCGCUUUAAAUCUACAUUUCAUUUUAUAUUUUAAUAUACAUGUGUCUCGUGUCUCGAAGCUAUAAUUUUGGUCACGACCACGUCUGGCAUAUCUAUAAAUUUCUUUUUUUUAUUAUCUUUUUACAAACACCAACGGUUUCAACUACUUUUAGCUGACAAAAUCAUUUGUUUUGAUUAUUUUUAAAUUAGUGCAACACGCGUAAUUGAAAACCGUAAAUAAGAGUUAACGUCAUAGAACACUUCUUGCUACACAGAGACGCCUAGACCACAUACACAUACACAGUACUUAUAAAUAACUCUGCAAAAGAUUAAAAUGAAAAAAAAAACAAUGAUCAAGUGCAAUAAUCCACUACAGCAAAAAAAAAAUCCCAGCCGAUAUUUGGACAAUAUAAACGUGUGAUCACUGCCGCUAUUUCGCUUCAUUAGAGAAUAACAAAUAAGGAGAGAAGAAAAUAGAACAGAACGUAGCGAGAAAAAUAACAAAAAAAAAA